CGCGACCAGCCGCGUCGUACUCGCGAAGACGUGGAGGACUCCGACCGCGAGGACACUCCGGCCACCACGGCCUCAACCUCCUACAGCGUCGGUCGACUGUCGGCUAAGGAGAAGGACCCGCCGUAUUUCCACAACGAGAAAGACAAAGACACUGUCUCUUUCGACGUUUGGUACCGUCGUAUCCAGAACAAGUUGAAGCUGAACGCCGACCAUUUCACAGACGACGAGUCCAAGAAGAUGUACAUCGAGAACCGUACAGCCGGCAAGGCCGCCCAGGACUUGGAGCCAUACUUGGGAGAUGGCCCCCACUGCCUCAAGAACUCCCAGCAACUGUUGGACCACCUCAAGAACGAGUAUUAUGACCACAACCGCAAGGAGAAGGCUAUCCUCGAGUUCAAUGAGUUGAAGUUUAAGAUGAACGAGGACUUCCAGGAAUUUAGGAACGCCUUCGUACGACUAGCCGGCGAGUGUAACCGCCCAGCAGAAACCUGGAAGCAGGAGUUCAACUGGAAGCUCCCGACCGACAUCCAGAACGCCCUCCUCUUCGGAUACGGUGAGGAUACUGUCGACUUUACGGCUUUUGUGCGUAUGGCCAAGAAGUGUGUGGAGAACAGUCAGCGCCUGUGGAAGUCCAAGCACAAGGAUAACAAGGGUAAGGACAAAGAUAAAGGCAAGGAUAAUAAGAAUACUUCUAGCAAGGCUAGGGGUUCGUCAUCUUCGUCUUCAUCCGCAGCCAAGGGCUCGGGAUCUCAACGCCCCCCUAACAUGUCGAAGGAGGAGGCGCGC